AUGUGGGGGUUCAGGCUCCCGCGGUCACCGCCGCUGCUGUUCCUGCUACCGCAGCUCGUAGCUGGAAGCGCCACUUCCAGCUCUCAGGCCGGAACCAUGAACCUGGGUGGUGGCAGCAGCGGCGCGCGAUGCUCCUUCUCGGCCGAGGGGCGCCGCCAGCAGUGCCUGCAACUGUCCACGGUGCCAGGAGCCGACCCGCAGCGCUGCAACGAGUUGCUCCUGCUGGCGGCGGCGGCGGGGGAGGGACAGGAGCUGCAGGAUCUCCCCGGGGACUGGACGAAGGAGACGCCUCAACCGCCGCCUCAACAUCACGUCCUCUAUUUCCCGGGGGAUGUGCAGAAUUAUCAUGAAAUUAUGACUCGUCAUCCUGAGAAUUACCAGUGGGAAAACUGGAGUCUAGAAAAUGUUGCCACCAUUCUAGCCCACCGGUUCCCAAGUAGUUAUAUUUGGGUGAUAAAGUGUUCCCGGAUGCAUUUGCACAAAUUCAGCUGCUAUGACAAUUUUGUGAAAAGCAACAUGUUUGGUGCCCCAGAACAUAAUGCUGACUUUGGAGCUUUUAAGCACCUUUAUAUGUUAUUAGUUAAUGCUUUUAAUUUAACGCAGAACAGUCUGCUAUCAAAGAAGAGUGUAAAUGUUUUGAAUAAGGAUUCCAAAGCAUCUAAUUGUAGAUCCAAUUCUUCUCAUACUACCAAUGCUUGCCAGGGAGAAAAGGAGAGGACCUGUGAAAAAUUUGAUGAGUCUGCCAUGAGUUUUUACCCACCAUCACUAAAUGGUGCAUCUUUUACUUUGAUUGGAUUUAGUAAAGGUUGUGUUGUUUUGAAUCAGUUACUUUUUGAAUUGAAAGAAGCCAAGAAAGACAAGAACAUAGAUGCCUUUAUCAAAAGCAUCAGAACAAUGUACUGGCUGGAUGGUGGUCAUUCUGGAGGAAGCAAUACUUGGGUUACUCAUCCAGAAGUCUUGAAAGAAUUUGCCCAAACAGAGAUUAUUGUUCACACCCAUGUAACACCUUACCAAGUACAUGAUCCAAUGAGAUCUUGGAUUGGAAAGGAGCACAAGAAAUUUGUUCAGAUACUUGGGGAGUUUGGUAUGCAGGUAACUAGCCAAAUUCAUUUUGCAAAGGAAGCUCCUUCCAUAGAGAAUCACUUCAGAGUUCAUGAAGUAUUUUGA